AGACUACAUGCUGCAUCAGAGCCAAAGUAGCGUUUUGUACUUUUAUUCUAUGUAACUAUUAUAAGUAAAGAUAUGCUGUUAAAAUAUUACUUUGUUUACAGUAAAAGUCAGCCAUAUGAAUAGUACUCGAGUCGUAAAGUAUCUGAUGUUAAAUAAAGUAUCAGUAUUAUAUAUUAAUAUGUUUUAUAAAUUAAUGUAUAGCCUGUGAGUCAGCUGAUCAUCACAGUCUGUUUUUAUGUGAUUGAUGAUUUAAAACCUUUUGAUUGCAAACUGUGAUACUUUGGAUCUGAUGCAGCAGGUUAUCUGUAAAGUAACGAGUAACUACAGGUUUAUAAUUAAUGACAUGAGUAAAAAGUACAAUAUUGUCUCCAAAAUGUUAAAGUAACUGAAAAUGUAUUUAAAUCAUAACUGACGUAGUGAACAAACAGCCUCUGACUCGAGUCAUUUCUGUCUUUACGCUGAAUAUGGUUGUCGUGUUAUUGAUGAUCAUGACUCAGAUCAGCUGUUCUCCCUCCGGUCCAGCAGGGCUCGCUGUUCGCCGCUUCGCUCCUCACAGCGAAGCGUCGUCGUCGUCGCGGAACUCCGUGUGAGUGUUUACGUCCCCGCUGGUCUCUUUGUUCGGCCCAGAGGAGGACGAUGUGCGGGGCCGUGCAGCUGCUGCGGGUGUCGGUCCAUGAGCGGAUGAGCGCCGCUGCAGAAGACUUUCUGCUGCAGGUGGAAAAAGGAGAAGAAGCGGCUGAAAUCCCGGCGCUGAGAGCGAAGCUCACCGAGCGGCUGACGGCGGCUGCGGAGGAGAUCGUCGCUCUGCUGGAGGAAACCGUGGCGGAGUACGAAGACAGAGUGGAGCGGUCGGAGCGGGAGAUCUGCCGCCAGAGGAGGCUGCUCGAUGCCGUGCUGAAGCCCCAAGUGAAGCUGCACAGGGCAGAGUGUCCUGCAGACCUCCAGCAGCUGUCGGUGAGCAAAGGAGAGGUUCACCCUGAGCAGCAGGAGUGGCGCUCGAGUCUGAACCAGGAGGAACCAGAACCCCCACACAUUAAAGAGGAACAGGAGGAGCUCUGGACCAAUCAGGAGGACGAGGAUGUUACCAGGUUCACCUUCACUGUGAAGAGUGAAGACGAAGAUGAUGAAGAGUAUCAUCAGAGUCAGUCUGAAGAGUUCAGAGAGACUGAAGCUCAAGCCAGCAGCUCAGCUGAACAUACGGAGGCAGACGCUAAUGGAGAGGACUGUGGGGGACCAGGACCAGCCAGGACCUCUGAUCCAGAUCGACAUUUACAACCUGUCAGUGAGGAUAAUUCUCUGGAGUCGACUGAAACUGAUGACAGUGAUUGUGAUUGGACAGAAACAGACAAACAGCCGUCUGUUUCAGAAGGUCAGAGCAGCGAAGCUCCUGAUGUUGGAACUUCAGUGAAGGAGCGACCAUUUCCCUGCUCGUACUGCGGGAAAAGAUUCAGUCUGAAGGGAAACCUGAACAGACACAUCAGAGACCACACAGGCGAGAGACCGUUCCCUUGUACAGGUUGUGAUAAAUCAUUUAAAGACAGUGGGUCGCUGACUGCACACAUGAGGUGUCACACCGGCGAGCAGCCGUACAGCUGCUUGUUCUGUGGGAAGAACUUCAGUGGGAGAGGAAACAUGACGAGACACAUGAGGAUCCACACAGGAGAGAAACCAUUCACCUGCUCCAUCUGCAACAAGAGCUUCCACGUCAAAGAACACCUGAACAGACACAUGAAGUACCACACGGGGGAGAAACCCUUCAGCUGCUCCAUCUGUGGGAAAGGCUGUGCUCAGAAAACGGACCUGAAGAAGCACAUGAGAGUCCACACAGGAGAGAAACCCUUCAGCUGUCCCUUCUGUGGGAAGUGCUGCGCUGAGAAAGGAGACCUGACCAAACACAUGAGAGUUCACACGGGAGAGAAACCCUUCAGCUGCAACAUCUGUGGGAAGAGUUGUGCCCAGAAGGGAAGUCUGAAGAUCCACAUGAGAGUCCACACCGGAGAGAAACCCUUCAGCUGCUCCGUCUGUGGCAAACGCUUCACAGUUACAGGACAUCUAAAGAGACACAUGAAGCUGCACACAGCGGACAGUCAGGGGGUGGAGUCUACAGCCAAAGGACAGCAGGAAGUGGACCCCAUGGAACCAUCAAACACGUCAUGAUUGUUCCACCAGUCAGCCUGUGUGGAUCCAUGUUUAACCAGCUGCUCAAACUCAUGUCUCAUCGUCCAGUUCAUUACUGGACUGUUACAGAUUCACUGCCGUCAGCAAUCAGAAAUACGUUAAUUAAUAAUGUAGAAUAUGAGAAUGUAUCUGUGGUUCUGUGGCUCCUCUUUCCUCCAGAGCUCUUAUUCAUGAAGCUGUUUGUCCAUCUGAA